AUGCAGCGACUUAAACUGCCAAUGCGACCAGGCAUCGCCUUAUUGUCGACGCUAACACUGGCUGCAGUGCACGCACAAACACUUCGAACUGAGUCAACGUCCACGCUGUCGCCGGCAGGGGAGGCUGUCAUUCCAAAAAUCGAUGCGUCCGUCAGCUUGGUGCAGCGAGAGGUCUUUGGCAUGGCGUUGGCAGCGCUGGUCAUUUUUGUCGCCGCUGGAGGAGGUACUGGGGGCGGAGGCGUGCUGGACCCCAUCUUCAUACUUGUCAUGGGUCUAAGUGCAAAGACUGCCAUCCCCCUUUCCAGCAUCACAAUUUUCGGAGGGGCGAUUGGGAACUUCUUCUUGAAUCUGCGCCGCACUCGGGAUAACUCAACCAAGCCGCUCAUUGAUUGGGAUAUUAUCCUGGUUAUGCAGCCGCUACUCUUGUUCACAGUGGGAGCGACCUGCGGCACCUUCCUCAACACGAUCAUACCCGCAUGGCUCCUGUCUGUACUGUUGGCGCUCGUGCUCAUCGUCACCGGCAUCCGGACUCUGCAGAAAGCUAUCAGUGCCCGUCAAAAUGAGCGUUGGCAGUGUGACGUCCCGCCUGAGUCGACAUCUCUUCUUGGUGUUGACGCUUCCUCUGUCGACUCCAUAAAUUCCCACCGCACACCGGAGUUGGUAGCACGUGUCGAUAUACCGUGGCGAAAGCUUGCCAAUCUCGGUGGCUUGUUCGUGGUCAUAGCCGCGAUGAGAACACUUCGAGGAGGAAAGAACUUUGAUAGUCCGGUGGGCCUCGAUUCAUCAUCAGCGCUGUACCCAGUACUUGUGGCACUACCUUAUGUAUUCCUCAUUGGUAUUAGCUACUUCUCGUUGAAAACCCUACGAAUGCAGUUUGAGAAACAGCAGAGUCUCGGAUACAAGUUUGAACCUCAUGAGAUUAAGUGGACAUUGUCAUCAAUCCGAUUGUUCCUCAUGUUUUCGUUUAUGGCGGGGGCACUCUCCGGCAUGUUUGGUAUCGGUGGAGGUAUCAUCAAUGGACCGCUACUCCUCGAGAUGGGUUUCAAUUCUUCAGCUGCUUCAGCUAUGACUGCUACGACUGUGCUCUUCUCUAGUGGAAUGUCAUCAUUCAACUACCUCAUGUUGGGGAAAAUGGAUCUCCACCUCGCCCAACUUAUGCUUCCAAUGGGAUGUUGUACCACCUAUGUCGGCCACUUAUGUCUGCUGAAAGUCGUUCGAUAUUAUCAGUGUCCCUCACUUGUAAUCUUCUCGAUGGCUUUAAUUGUCCUCAUCAGCGCCGUUGUCAUGAGUAUUGCAAGCAUUCAAGCACUCCUCACUUGA